CAAAGUUAGAGAAGUGGUUUCAGCUUUUCCGCGGUCUCACUUCCAGCCCGAGGAGAGCCGGCCCGUCGAGCGCACCGGGCGGGCGCCUCCGGGAGGCGGUGGCGGGUUUCAGAUCAGAAUUUACGAGUAAAUGGGAUAGCAGCAUCCCAAAAUAUUCCUGAGCUGAGACUGUGACAAUGGACAGAAUACAGCGAGACUGUGCCAGUCCUGUGCCACCAGGAGAUGCAGAGAGAGGCAGGACUGGAGAGCAAGACCCAGAACUAACUGUGUUGGGAAAAGCACAAGAGUUCUUUCAGAUUUGUGAUCUGGAAGGCAAAGGCUUCGUCACUCGUCAAGACAUGCAGAGACUGCAUCCUGAGUUACCUCUUAGCCUGGAAGAACUUGAAAAAGUUUUUGUUACCUUGGAUGCUGAUGGCAAUGGCUCACUUACUCCAAAGGAGUUCAUCACAGGACUCAGCCAGUUUCUUUUGGAGCAGAUUACUUUGAAAAAUGACAUGAUGCAGCAAUCAGAAGGUGAAGCAGCCUGCCCAAUUAUAUGCAAAGAGACCGUGGGUGAUGAUGAGGAUGAAGAAUUCCAGUUCUCCAAUCUGAUGGAUCGGCUUGGAGCUAAAAAGGUUUUGAAUGAUGAGAGUGAUGUGAAGCAACUUUGGUUGCAGCUAAGAAAAGAUGAACCUCAUUUACUUUCCAAUUUUGAAGAGCUCUUGGUCAGAAUUUUCUCCCAGCUCCAAGAAGCAGAUAAUGAGAAGAAUGAGUUGGAAUACGCUCUAAAAAAGAAAAUUGCUGCUUAUGCUGAAGAAAUUCAACAUCUCUAUGAGGAAAUGGAACAGCAAAUCAAAAAGGAGAAAGAGCAGUUUCUGUUGAAAAACACAGAGAGGUUUCAGUCCUACAGUAAGGAGCUGGAGUGCAAGCUGCUGUCAAAGGAACAAGAACUGGAACAAUUGGUUCAAAAACAGAAAAGGCUAGAGCAUCAAUGUACAGAACUCCUCAGUGGCAAAGAAGAAACCAAAGUAGAGAACACCAAGCUGAAGCUGACUAACCAGGAGCUGUUGAAAGAUCUGGAGAGAACAUCUCAUGAACUAAGCCUGGCUCAACAACAGUUGGAGGUGCUUCAGAAGGAGGCAUCAAGACUACAUGAGGAGAAGGAAAUAGAAGUAUACCGAGUGACAGAAACCUUACAGAGAGAGAAGUCAGGGCUCCUGAAGCAGCUGGAUCUUUUAAGAGAGAUGAACAAACAUCUCAAAGAUGAACGUGACAUGUUUUUACAGAAACGCAAAGCAAGUGUUCCAAAAGCCAGCUGGAAGCAAAGAUCAGGGUCUGUCAUUGGGAAAUACAUAGAGGGGAAGAUGCUGCCUAACAGCCAUUCAUUUGAAGAAGAUGAUAUUUUCAGUAACUCAAAGAGAAGGAAUUCUGCUGGACUGAAUGGAGUUCUUUCUGAAGAGCCUGAUGCUGGAAUCACUGGAGGAAUGUCUAAAACAUCACGUCUCCAAAGAAUAAUAUCAAUUGAAGAAGAUCACCUACCCCAGCUUCUUGACAGGCUGGUUGAUAAGCAGCUGAACAGAUGGACUGGGGAAGAUGACAGUACUUCUGAGAUGGAAAUGCAUAAGAAAAACACAGAGCAAUCAAUGGAACACUCGCCUUCAUCUUCUAGAGAGCAGCCUGUAGGGAAGGAAACACUGUCAAAUGAGGAGAGAAUAAACUCUGUCCCAGAGCACUUAUUCAAGAUUAUUUUUGUGGGCAAUUCGAGUGUGGGAAAGACUUCAUUCUUAAGAAGAUUUUGUGAAGAUCGUUUUUUCCCAGGCACAGCUGCUACUGUAGGUGUGGAUUACAACGUGAAAACUGUCACAGUAGAUAAUACCCAAGUAGCGCUGCAGCUCUGGGACACUGCUGGCCAGGAACGGUACCGAAGUAUUACCAAGCAGUUUUUCAGAAAAGCUGACGGUGUCAUUGUGAUGUAUGAUAUAACAGCGAAAGACACGUUCACAGCUGUCAGGCAGUGGCUGAUAAGCAUUGAGGAGGCAACUGGGGAGAAUGUGCCUGUCCUUUUGUUGGGUAAUAAAACUGAUAAUGAAAAGGAACGUGAGGUCCCUAUGGGAAUGGGAGAGCAUCUUGCUAAGGAUUACAAUUUAAUUUUCUAUGAAUGCAGUGCAUGUUCUGGGUACAAUGUGGAUAAGUCUGUGCUUCACUUAGCUAGGUUUUUAAAAGAACAUGAAGAUAAAGUGAAAGAGAAAACCAUUGAACUUCAAUCUGAUAUGAAUAAAAAGUCUUGCUGUAUCAGGCAAUAAAAUGCUGGGGCUUGUCAUACGUUUAUACGACACUACAUAGCACUGUCAGAUUUGCUUUUAUCUUCCAAAUAUUAUGCUGUAUUCUGAGUGUAGGUGUAAGUGAAACUUAAAAUCUUUGUGAGCUCUGAUCUUCGCUUUUAUAAAUAUUACCUUUAGUUAAUUGACAAUGUAUUUGGGGCAGUAACAGUCUUUUAAUUCUGUUUGAUGCCUAACACCACUGAAUCCUGCUUUAUUAUCAGGCUUGUAGAAGCUACCACUUUAUUAAUAAUAAGAAAUAACUUUAUAGGAAGAAAACUACUUGGAAUGUGAAGUAAAUUCUUACUGAUGUUAA